AUGCACUUGCCAGAGGAGGAGUCACGCUGGCCAGUAUCCAGAUUGUUGACAGUGAUCAUCACCACGUCCCCGACGCCAUCGGCACCGUCCGUAGAGCUCGUGUCGGCCAUCCUAUCGUCGUUUCGUAUUCAUUGCGAAGACUUGUUAUCUUGCCGAUUUAUCGUUGUGUUUGAUACGUACGAUCAUGUUGCACCCAAGGCGAGGCUGAAGAAGGGCUGUGUCAAUCCAGACGGUGCCAAGAGCUUCAACCUCUACAAGAAGAAUGUUAAGGAGCUGGUUUUGAAGGAGAUCUGCCCGCUUCAUGAUAUAACGGACCUAUGUCUUGGUGGAGGUAAGGCCGAAUUCGGGUACAGUGGCGUCGAGAGCAAUUUCGUUCCCUUCUCCACCACCCAAACCGCAGAUGGGCGAGUCACGUUCAUAGAGCCUUCGAAGCGCCUGGGGUUCGGCCUGGCCGUACGCUCAGCUCUAAGAAUGACCGAGACAUGCUUUGUCUGGGUACAACAGCACGACUGGCCUCUGGUCUCGGACAUCCCCCUCGAGCCCUUGGUGGAUAUAAUGCAGGUUUCGGGGUCCGAUGAGAGUACGCCUGUGAAGUACGUUUGUAUCCCGUCUGUGCGCAUGUUAUCCUACGCCGAUUCAGCCCACGUUUCCGAGUUCCCGGUGCUGAGAGAAUUGACUGCGUCUCUCAAGCGCAGUUUUGUAACCGGCUCGGGGGUUAGUAUCCCUUUGACACCACUCUUCUUCUGGCACGACAAACCCCAUAUAGCGUCUACCGAACACUACUUGUCUCGGGUUUUCCCGACGCGUAUUUCCAUACCACGCGGCGCUUUCAUUGAAGACACGAUUGGUCAGCGGGCAAGAAACCAGAUGAAGGAGGGUGCGUGGGCAAAGUGGGCCAGCUGGCUCUAUUACCCUGACGAAGGACGGAGGUUGUGCCUACGUCACCUCUGCGGGCGGACCUGGGAGGGGGCGGGACGAGAGUCUGAGAAGAAGGCAGCCUGGAUGGCACGAAACGCAGAGCGGAGUAUCACCCAAGUAGAUCGAUCUAGCUCAUCGAAUCCAAGAUAG